GUACGCUGACCGUGCACGUCACAUCCGCAACAAGCCAGUGGUGAAUCGUGACCCGGUGGCGGCUCAGCUGGCAGUGCUGAGGAACACAAUCGCGCAGCUCAAAUCGGAGAAUGUUUCGCUCAAACGUGCACUAGCAGCUUCCGGUAACGAGGGGUGCCUGGACGCAUUAGGAACAAGCGGGCUCGGUAACAGCGCGCUGGAGAGCUUAGUGGAUCGGCUUACGCAGGAGAAUAGCGCUUUGGAGUCGGAGAACAUGCGCCUCAAGAUGGAUUUGGAGGACUUAAGGCAAGACCUGGCAGCCAUCACGGACAAGUGGCAAACUGCACAGGCGCAGUGCGACCUAUUGCGAAUGAACCAGGCGGCUGCUGCUGCCGGUCUGCAGCACCGUCAGGACAACCCCGGUGGGCCGGACGGGGCCGAGCUGCCCAUGCCUGGCCUGGACAUUGUCAAGGGCUACGUGGCCCGCAUCGCGGAGCUGGAGGCUGAGGUGAAGUCCAUGAAGUCAUUGGCGGUUCACCUUCCCUACAUGCGGCGGCGCGUGCAUGGUCUGGAGCCCCGUACGCCGGGUGGUGUGAAAACGGUCGGAGAACUGGAUCCAGCAUCACCGGGUAUGUCCAGCGUCACCGGGUACGGGGUACAAUAUCGAGUUGCCCGGGCUCAUAGCAUGAGUGCAAUUGGUGUGCGUGCCAAGGCCAUGCAACGCCGUCUUUCGCCAGGGCCCGCCUCGAUGCUCGACGGCCCAAUUACACUGGACGGUGCUGACGGCGGUGGGGAUGGUGAGGAUGACGCGGUGCUCAACCAGCCGGGCGAUCUGGCUGUCGAGGAGGAGGAGAUUUUCAUGGCUGAGCUUGCAGCUCACACGCUGAGCCAAGAGAAGAUGAAGAAGGAGGUGGCGCUGCUGCAACGUCAGCUGGAGGCCAAGGAGCGCAAGAUGGUGGAGCUGAUGGUGAACGCGGGCGCAACGCCGGCUCUCAAGCAGCAUUAUGACAGGGCGAUGGCAGACUUGGAAGCCCAGCGGGAUACUCUGGUCGCUGAGCGGAAGGCACUCAUGGAGCUGCGGCAUCAAGAGCGCGAGUACGCGCGCUUGCAAAAGAUCAAGCAGCGCACCGAGGACGCCCAUCGCCGUCUCUCUGCUGACAUCAUACGGCUCAAGCAGCAGAAGGUCGCGGUCCAGAAGCAGCUUGAAGCUAACGCGAAGCAGUUUGCGCAGUGGCGGCAGGAACGCGAACGUGAACUGGGCCAGCUGCGCAAACAGAGCCGCAAAGACCGUGCUCAGAUUCAGCACCUGCAGGCCAUGGCGGCCAAGCAGUCUGCUGUCCUGCAGCGGAAGAUUUCGGAUGCCACUGCAGCACGCAAGCGUAUCAAGGAGCUCGAGGAGGAGAAAAGACGAAAGGCAUCGCAGCCACAGGCGACGGCUGCUGUGGUCACACAGCCAGCAGGGGGUGGCAACGUUGAGAUUCAGCCAAACGCCCAGGCGCCUCUGCUACGCACAGACAAGGAGCGGCGGGAAUGGCUUCAGAGAGAGCUUGAAAUGUGCAACAUGUCGUGCGAGUUCCGCAAGGUCAUUGACGGCGAGCUUGCUCAACGCGCAGAAGCUACUCGGAAGCUUAAGGAACUCGAGAAACGCCUCACGUAUCUGGAUCAGACACAGCCAGCCAGUCCACUUCUUAUGGCUGGGGGGCACGCCGUCCUGCCCUUCAGCCCCAACACUGCGUCCACUAUGGCCAUGGGCGCUGGUGCUGCCAGUGACCCGGAAUACCGGCAAAAACUUCUGACGAAGAAGAGGGAGCUGGAGGAGAAGGUGGCAUACCAUAACGAGCAAAUUACUGAGCUGCAAGCGGACUGGGAGCGGCAGAAGGCGGAGGAGGAAUCCCGCGGCGGUGGUGCUCUUGAUCCUCGGCGGUGGACCGGGCUGCGUACCGUUGCGGAGUGCCGCGAGCUGCUGCGCACGCUGUUCCGGAUGAGCGUCGAAUCCAAGACCCUGAGCAACGAGCUGACCGUCGAUAUGGUGCGGUACAUGGAGGAGGUUGACGUCCUGCGCGUGCAGCUGGAUGGUGCGCAGAAGAAAUCUGCGCAGUACCGCAAGCUCGCAAUCACACUUCAGGCCGCUGCAGCACACGUCGCGGCUGCACCACCCCACAGUUCCAUGUCAACGCAGGACGAAACCGAUAAGCAGGUAGAUGCCGUCCUUGAGGCACUCAACGUGGUGCGCAACAACACGCCAUCGGCUGUUACAAGCCGAGCGAACAGGAACGUUGGACUUGCCACGACCGGCGGGGGCGAUGUUGAAAUGCAGGACGCGGGGUCCCCCGACACGCCUGCUACCUCCAGGGAGGGGCCGACUAAGGCCCUGGAGUUCCUGUCGCCUGUACCACGACGAGGGUUGCCAUCGUACGAUGCUGCUGGCGGAGCCAUGAAGCGUUACUCGCCUGACUACCGGCACAGCAAUCGCGGGAGCGAUGGCCAGGUUAACACUAUCGACAAGGCCAAACGAGUGAUGUGUGGCACUGAGCAAAGUGAUCACCGGAGGUCGGAUGAUAUGGAGGUGGACGAAGGAAUCGAGGUGAAGACCCGCCCCGAGCAGGCUGUUGUUGAAGAUAGUGACGUGGAGGAUGACCAGGGCAGCUCGGACGAUGAUGAUGUUGUUGAUAAUCAAGACGAUGACGAAGAGGAAGAGGAGGACGAAGAGGAUGAGGAUUCCUCUGGGGAUGAGGACAGCGACGGUGACCGUGACUGGAACCCCAAGAAUGCCACCCCCGCACCAAAGUUCCGCUCCUCACGUGCAAGCCGUCGAUCUUUGGCUUGCGUGGGUGCCGGUAACACGGCUGGAGGCUCCAGGCGCAAUAGCCGCCGCCCGUCUCCUACUGACACGUCCUCUGGGGAUGAGGAUAAAUUCGCGGAAGAGCAGUCAAAAAGCCGCCGCGGCAGCAGGAUAGGUGCAGGAUCUCGCCGGGGGACCACCUCUAGGCGCAACAGUGACGAUAAUGAUCCUGCUGCAGCACUUGAGGCGCCCGUGCUUGACGACAUCAACCUACGCCGCAUGUGCGCCGGCGGCCCUGAGGCGCGUCUGCAGAAGCUCACUGUGGCCGCGCUCAAGGAGGCUCUCAAAGGCAAAGUCAUCGACGGGCAGAAGUGGGUUGCAGGCUCGAAGACGCGCGCGACAAUGAUUCAGGAUUACCGCAGGAUGUUGGGGCUGGACAAGGUACCGUCUCAGCAUCAGUCAUUAUCCCACUCACCAGACUCAGACGGGGGAGGGGCUGCCAAGUACACAGAGCCCAACGAGGGGAACGAUGCAACAGCGAGCAGGCGCUAUCGGGCAGAGAGCAGCGGCGGCGGUGGGGCUGAAAUUAGCGUGGGCGGCGCGAAGCAGGUUGUGGUGCCGCAUGUAGACGCAUCGCAAAGAUCGAAGAGGAGCUCAGAAGAUGACGAGCCCCUGCCAAACGCCAUCGGGGCGGCGGGUUCCAAAUGGAAAUGGCAUGGGUCCAUGGGCUCGUUCAUCCCUUAUGUCACAGACCCACUCUGCUCGCCCCUACACGACGUGGGCAUCCUCCCUGCGUGCAACAACUGUCCCGACAACCGACGGGAAUGCUGGCGCAGCAGAAACAGGGGCACCCCAGGCCGCCGGACCCCCCUUGCUUGCUGCCACGAGGCACUGCUACAGGCACAGCUGCUCAACCGGCUGCUGCAUCUGCAGAUGUGGGCGUAUCUGGUGCAGCCACCUGCAGGCGUACAGCAUGGGCAGAGCACAAGCCCUAACUUACCGCGGCCACCGACUGGCCCUGGGGGCUUUAGCCCUCCCAGCAGCAGCAUGGGCUCCCCCACGCCGCGCUCCAUUCCCAGGUCUGCCGGUCGGCCUACCAGCGCUCGCAUGUACUCUCCAGGGAUGUCUCCGGACUCACGUGAACAACGGGGCUUCUUGUACAGCGGUGGCGAAAACAUGCAGCCUGACGUCACCACGCCCCGUGGAACUAUGAACGCGUCAUCGGAGGGCAAGAGAACCCCGCUCACUUCCUUGUACAAGGAAAAGGCGGCGGCAGCGCGUGAACGCUCUGCGGCCCUGCGUGUGAGCAUGCAGAAGAACUGGGAGCAUCAAGACCAACAGCACUUGCGUGGGAGCAGCCUGAACGGUGCAACGACCGUUCACUGCGUGGCAAUGCAACUGGCCUCCGCGACAGCACGGGUAGCAGCAUCGGAGGAAACAAGCAGCAGAAAGCCAUUUGGCGCUGAGGAAGCGGGUCCGACAAGUGCCCCGGGUUUGGAGGUUACAGCGACCGUACGGCAUCCCGGACUGGAUGAACCCAGAAGCGGCGGCGAAGACGGUAACAGGGCAUUCCGGCGCGUUGAGACGGGAACCUCUUGAUGGUAUCGACGGGGCAAGCUUCACCCGCUACUUCCCAACAGCGCUGAAAUGCCAAUUAACUUCGCAGCGCCGGCGCGGUGCAGUUGCACCGUGCAUGAUCGCAGGCCAUGUCGCCACUUGAAUCGCUCACCACAUGCGGAGCCCAAACCUGGAACGGCCGAGCUGCCAAACAAGCCCCACAUGGCAUACGACACCAUAGCACCGCUCUCGUCUCACGUCUCACCCGGUGUAUCCAUGCACUUUCGUUUCCUGAUGCCCCGUUCCAUGAGCCCUUUCCCUCCAGGGAGGUGCUCUCUGCUCUGCACUUCCACGCGCAUACCCCUGUUUCGCCUCUCCCUGGGCCGCCCUCUUCCCACCGGCCCUCCUCUC